AUGUCUGAUCAUACCGGACGGCCUACUGGGGAUGGUCUAGUCCUCGAAGCGUGGGGCCAGGGAUUGAUGAUCGGCAGUUUGCUCAUCAUGGCAGCCGUUACUUUGGCAAACAUGAAGAAACACAUUCUCCUCCACAAGCUCAUUCUCGCCGAGUUACUUCUUGCAAUGGGACAUGGUACCUUCAUCUUCCUUCACGAACCCAAAUAUGGCUGGUACCUCUCUGUCACCGCUGUCGGACUCAACAUCUCAUGGGCCUUGCACAAUGUUAUUGCCUGGAUGAAGAACCGACCGUUUUUAUCUCGACGAGUCUCCAUGAUUUAUAUUAUCACAGUCGUUCUUUCGUGGCCGUACUGGAUCGUCGAGAUUUAUGCGAACUUUACGUACUUCAAUAAUAUCAACAAUAUCUUCCAUACAACUCGGCCGCUCGAGCCAAUUUUCAGAGAUCCAUGGUGGGUCUUCACUACCAUUUCCCUAUUCUGGACGAUCAAGCGCGAAUAUGGCUUUGGUCUUUCAGAACUGGUCGUUAUCAGCCCGCGGUUUGGCAUCAUGUUGGCGUCCAUGUGUCUGUCUAUCGCAUUCAUCGUGGUCGAUACAUGCAGCGUUCUUGAUGUCUUUAGCAACUCAUUGCCUCAGGGUAUAGAGCCCUUUUGGAAGUUGUCAUUCAUUUUCAAGUGUCUUUGCGAUACCGUCAUCCUAGACGACUUCAAGACCGCACUGGACCGACUGCGCGCCUACUGGCUGCGCAAACAGGCCAGUGGCCAUGUUUUGUUGGCCACUCCCCGUGCGGCUCGCUCUGCUCGACGGAAUGCCGAAGAAAUCGAGGAUAUCGAGUCUGCAUCUGGCGAUAUGAGCUCUCAUCAGUCGGGUCGAGAGCACACUAAAUCGUAUUCGAUUCCUCGGGUGGUUUUGAGAGAUGAUAUCCGAUGA